AAGCCCGCGCGCUGCAUGUAUUCCUUACAUACGCUUUAAAAUGUCAGCAGCAUUUCCAGUGCCGCAAAUUGCGGAUAACCCCGACGGGUGGGGUCCGUGUAGCGUGCCUGCGCACUUGAAGGACAUUCCAUUCGCGCCCUUCAACAAGGGAGACAAGCUAGGCAGGGUUGCAGAUUGGUCCCAGAACGCUUAUGGCAACAAGUAUGGCGGUCGCGGCUUUCAGCAGGGUGGCCCGCCGGUGUUCAACUUCUUCGCAAACGAGGAGGAGGAGUCGUUCCAUCUGGUGGAUAACCGCCCUGUGAAGACCAACAAGUUUGGAGGGGGCCGGCGCUUCCAGCAGAACAAUCGCUUCAACAACCAGCAGCGUCGCGACGGCAAGGACGGUGCUCGUGGCGGGCCAGAGCAGGACAAGAAGAAGGGUGGUGCCCAGCAGCAGAAGAAGCAGCAGUUCUAUGGCCGUGAUAACAACAGGCCGACCCAGUACAGCAGCAGUGUGGAGAUCGGCGCUGACUGGGCGGUGGUGGAGCAGAUUAACACGACCAGCCUGGGCCGCCUCAACUACAACCCCGGCGAGCCGGUGGACCUGCUGGCGUGCGGCUCGCUCGAGUACUACGACAAGUCGUACGACAACCUGGCUGUGAAGAAGGAGAAGCCGCUGGAGAAGACCAAGCGCAUUUUCCGCUCCGUGUCCACCUCGGACGACCCGGUGCUGGCGCAGAUGGCGGCGGGCGGCAAGGCGCGCGUGUUCGCGGUGGACUCCAUCCUCACGCACCUCAUGUGCAUGCAGUCCUCCAAGUACGGCUGGGACCUGCUGGCCACACGCAAGGGCGACCAGCUGUUUUUCGACUGGCGGCCCAGCUCCAAGUUCACGCUGCUCACCGUCAACGAGACCGCGCCCGAGGCGGUGCCCGAGGACAAGGACAACAUCAACGGCAUGAACCACCUGGCGCUGGAGGCAACCGCCAUCAACCAGAACUUCUCGCAGCAGGUUCUGGUCAAGGACGGCAACAAGCUGGACCUGGGCAACGCCAACCCCUUCGCCUCGCCCAGCGACGCCGGCAGCCUGGCCAGCGUGGCCUACAAGUACCGCAAGUGGAAGCUGUCUUCGGCCGCGGACGCGCCCGAGAUUGUGGUGCGCUGCGAGGUGGAUGGUGCGAUCAAGGGGCCAGAGGGCGCGGCGCCGCAGACGGUGCUCAUUAAGGCGCUCAACGAGUACGACAUCAAGGGCCAGGACUACCGCAAGCGUCUGGAGAACCAGAAGGGUGCUGUGGUGCUGUCCGAGACCAAGAACAACAAGUUCAAGGUGGCCAAGUGGGUGGCGAGCUCGCUGCUGUCGGGCGCCGACCAGAUCAAGCUGGGCUUUGUCAGCCGCGCCACGCCCCGCGACGUGUCCAACCACGUCGUGCUGGCCAUGCAUGCGCUCAAGCCCAAGGACUGCGCGCGCUCGUUCCACGUGGACAUGGACAACUGCUGGGGCAUUGUGCGGGCGGUGUGCGACCUGCUGCUGGGGCUGGACGAGGGAGCCUACCUGCUGGUCAAGGACCCCAACAAGGAGCUGCUGCGUGUGUACUCGGUGCCCGCGGACGCCUUCGCCGCGGUGUCGGCGCCCGCGCCCGAGGACGACGCCGACGGCGUGGACAUGGGCGGCGAGGUGGCGGGGCCGGCCGGCAUGGACGUGACGGUACCGCUGGUCACCGGCCUCAAGGUCGCAGACAGCGGGGCAGCGGACGCGGACGACGCGUAAGCGGAGUCGGCACGGGGGAGGGGUUCAAUGGGCGUGGGUACUGCGUGAUUGUGUGUGCGAGCGGGCGCGUGUGCGCGUCUGCACGUGUCGUUGUUGUCACCUGUGUGUUUCUGGUGUGUGGCGACGGCAUGCGACACGGCAUGUGCGCAUGUGUGUACGUGUGUGUGCGUGUGUCGGUUUUUGACGCGGGCGCGGGCUCUGUAGCAGAGCGGCUGCAGCCAGAGACGUAGUAGACAUCAGGGCAGGCAGGAUACAUACACUCGAGAAGACGUGAAGCAGGGCGUGGGACAUAUGUGUGUGUUUGCCAAAGGCAACGCACCAGCAGGGGGAGUAGCGGGUAGGCAUACACGAAUCUCAUGCACGCAAAGCACCGGAUGGUGCCGCAAGGACGCGGGAGGAGCAGCAGUAGCAGCAGCAGGCGGAUUCUUACCCUACAUGUUUUAAGGCUGGAAGACUGAGGCUAUGCCGUGUUGUUGGAUUUGAGGGUGGUUGCUGCAGUCAUGUCGCACGUGCCCCGGUCAAGGAUCAGGAGGCAGGCGCUGUGUGUGCGGGCGGGGGGGAGCACUGCAGGCGGGCCGGGGGGCUCGGCAGGCAGCUGGCAGCACAGCGCCGAGGCUGGGGUCUACACAAGGACGUACAGUGCAUGUAAUGUCAUCCAAGC